GUCUUCCUCACUGGAUCACACGUGCAAGAUAUGGAGUCUUUGCCUAGGUACAACUCUACGCACAAUUGUUUUCCCAACUGGAAUCAAUGUUGCUGUGAUGGACGCUGCCGAAUACUGCCUGUAUGCUGGCGGUACUGAUGGUCGGAUUUACGUCACGCCGCUGAAUGGAGGGAUCCCAACAUUUAAUCGCAACUCAUCGCCAAAUAUGUCUGGCUAUGUCCAGCUCAUUGGCCACUGCCAGGCGGUUACGAGCUUGGUCUUCAGCCUCGACGGUGUGACACUUGUCAGCGGCUCAGAGGACUCUACGGUGAAGAUCUGGGACACGAUCAGCCGGCAAGUUCUGAGAACGUUCAACCAUGGAAAAAGGUGUAAGCUCACCUUGCCACACGAAGAAGUGCUUGUGGCUGCUUCCUACCUAGAGGGUAGUGCAGCAAGAUGGUUGAGUGGGUUAGUGCAACUCCAGGGAUACGGUCAUGAUUUCCGCUCUUGGGCAGCCUCUCAGAAAAUGGAGGACUUCCUGAAGAUGGUGGAAGAGAGGUGGCAUGAUCCUCAGGAGGCUCAAAAGGCUACUGAUGCGAUCCUGACACUGCACACGAGGCAAUUUAAGUCAGUAAGGGAGGCCACCGAUGCUGUAGAGCGUUUGAUCUGUGUUCUAGGGGUACGCUAUGAACCCCAGGUCCUGUUGACUUCGUACCUGAGGACCUUAUCUCAGCCUCUCAGGAACCAGUUGGCAAAAGAGGCCAACAUCAAUAUGCACAACUUUCCUUCGUUCCGCAAGGUAGCCCUAGACCUUGAAGCAAAGAUAGGGCAUGGACAGUCACCCACAACGGACGAGAGGAAAAAGACACUACCUCCCAACUGGAAGGCGAAGGGUCGCAUCAUGUUCGUCGACAACGAUGGUUCAACCAUCGAGUUAGACGGCAACAUCCAGGAGGGAGUAGGUGCAGAGGCGGGUGGCAAAACUUCAGAGGGUGGAGUAGUCGCCGCCGUAACCCAGCAAAAAGGUAAAGGGACCGGUAGACGCCCUAGGGGAUCCCGGUCGAAGAGUCAAACAGACCCUAAUGCUCCUCCAUGGGAGAAAGCGGGUCUAUCUGAGGACGUGUGGAGAGAUCGGUGGGCACGGCAAGCAUGUAUCAAGUGUGGCCAAUAUGGUCAUAGCAUGUACAAGUGCCGCAACAGGAAGGUCACCGAGAAGAUCCCGCCUACUAUGGGGUCAGCGUGCAUGGUAGUCCAUGACUACCUAAAAGACAUAGAGUGUCUUUUCCCGUACGCGGAAGGGGAACAGAGGCAUCAUGUCUCAUUCCUGGUUAGCGACGAGCUCCCCAUGGACAUGCUAUUGGGUAUGUACUACCUCUCCGUAGCACAACCCCAGUUUGACUGGGACCGAAAACUGGUCAAACACACUUUGCCAAACGGGGGAACCGCCAGAUUACACAAGUUUAAGGCUAGUAGUCUGAUCGAUUCCCACGGAUGCUUGUGUGCGGCCGCGUUCUACAAUUAUUAUAAGCAAAAUCCGGAGGAGGGUAUGUAUCUGGUUUACGUCUCUGCUGCAGGCGAGCCGGUAAAAAUGCCGCCAGAGAUAGAGGGAGUAGUUGCCAAGUACCCUGAUCUAUUUGAGGAGCUUACAGGAAUUGUGGAGAGGGAGGUCGUCCACGCAAUAGAAAUUAUCCCAGGGUCUAGUAUUCCAAAGGGUAGGACCUAUCGGAUGUCUCCAGGCGAACUUGAUGAGCUUCGCCGCCAACUCAAGGAACUCAUAGAGAAGGGUUGGAUCCGACCGAGUGUCUCUCCUUACGGAUCUCCAGUACUAUUCGUACCUAAGAAGAAGGAGGGCACUCUCAGGAUGUGCAUUGACUACAGGGGCCUCAAUGCCAUCACUGUGAAGAACAGAGAGCCCCUACCGCGCAUCGAUGAUCUGUUAGAUAGAGUGCAAGGGUGUCGGUACUUCAGUAAGAUAGAUCUGAAGUCCGGGUACCAUCAGAUUGCAAUCCGGCCCGAGGAUCAACACAAAACCGCAUUUCAGACUAGGUACGGUCUGUACGAAUUUGUGGUGAUGCCUUUUGGCCUUUGCAAUGCUCCUGGCACCUUUCAGCACGCUAUGAAUCGGAUAUUCCAUGACUACUUGGAUAAGUUUGUCGUCGUGUACCUUGAUGACACACUUAUUUUUAGUAAGACUGUCGAGGAGCACGUAGCACACUUAGACAAAGUUCUCAAUCUCCUGCGACAGCACAAGUUCAAGAUCAACGGUGAAAAGUGCGAGUUUGGCCGCACUCGUAUCUUGUACUUGGGUCAUGAGAUCUCCGCGGAAGGGUUGAAGCCCGAUGACGCGAAGGUGGCCAGCAUUCGUGAUUGGCCACGACCUCAGUCCGUGACUGAGAUGAGAUCUUUCUUAGGAAUGACAGGCUACUACCGGACUUUUGUAAAGAACUACAGCAUAGUGGCCGCUCCUUUGACUGAUCUAACCCGCCUUGACACCCCGUGGGAGUGGACAGAUGAGUGCGAGGCUGCUUUCAGACAUCUGAAGCAUGCAUUGACGCACUAUGAAAUCUUGAAGCUACCCGAUCCUGAUAAGCCAUUUAUAGUAACCACGGAUGCUAGCCAAUAUGGCAUUGGCGCCAUGCUUGCGCAGCAAGAGGGGCCGAAGUUGAGGCCAGUUGAGUACAUGUCUAAGAAAAUGCCGUCUCAGAAGUUGGCUAAGUCCACUUAUGAGAAGGAACUCUAUGCGGUGUACAAGGCUCUCACCCAUUGGAGACACUAUCUCCUUGGGAGGUUCUUCAUCCUCAGAACUGAUCAUCAGACCUUGAAAUGGAUGAGAACCCAGCCGGUGCUCUCUGACGCUCUCAAGCGUUGGAUCGAAGUCAUUGAGCAAUAUGACUUUGGCCCUCAGUAUCUAAAAGGGGAGUAUAACAAGGUUGCUGACGCCCUAUCGCGCAGACCAGACUUCUCAGCAAACGACCAGGCUGAACAGAUGAACCACGCUGUGCAACACCUGUUAAGGCAUUACAUCAAGCCCAACCAGGUGGACUGGGACGAGAAGCUUGCUCUUGUCGCCAUUCUGUACAAUAACGCUGUACACAGCGCUACCGGGAAGAUGCCGGAGGCCGUAGAGCACAUGCAGAAGGCGCAGGCAGCAAUGAUAGAAUCUGAGAAUAAACACCGCCGCCCUUCUACAUUUCAGGUUGGGGACAGAGUCUGGGUCAAGUCUUCAGAACUGGGACAGGAGUUCGGGAUAUCCCGCAAACUCAUGUACUUUGGACCUUGGGAAGUUUUAGACGUAGUAGGGACAGAUCCUGAUGGUCCAUCAUAUGUCAUCCGUAUCCCUGGUCAUCUCAGAACUUACCCAGUCUUUCACGCCUCUAAGCUCGCUGCAUCCAAGGAAACUGAUAAGUUUCCCUCUCGUCGCUCAAUGCUGCCCCCAACCAUGGACGGAGAAGUUGACAUCGAUGAUAUCGUUGACCACAGGGAGAUGCCUGUUCAGAAGCCUCCAGGAAGGGGACGUCCUCCAAAGCCAAAGCUGCAGUUCCGUGUCCACUUCAGACACCACACAGAUCCGAAGGAGGACCGCUGGUUUACUCGGGAGGAAUUGAUGCAGACCGCUCCGCAAAUCGUUGCCCGCUAUGAGAAGGAUGUAUUGAAAGUAAAGCGCCAGAUGGCUCAGGAUUGAUCCUCUCAGAGGACUAACGAAGAUAUGGAGGAGGGAAUGCGAGGCUACGCCCGCUCAGCCCCUUCGG